CUCUCCUUCUUUAGGAAAGAGAAGAGGAGGAAGGAAGAAAGCAAAGCAAAGCACUCGCAGUGUUUUCGUUUCCGUUUCUCACUCUACAAAAAUCCACCGCUCUUAAUUUGAAACCGUCUCUGUUUCUGAGAGUUCCGACAGCAGGUUUUGAGGUUUCAUGCCCCAAACAAUUUAAGCCGGAAGUAGUUUCCAGAUCCUUGAGUAAUUAUGGGGAAUGCUUGUUGUGUUGCUUCUGCUCAUGACAAAAUGGUACUUCUUAACACAUCAGCAGCUGUUGAGGAUUUGCAAAGAAACAAUGUUAGGUACUCUCCAAAUUGGAGCUUCCGGUGGGAUAAUAGAAGGAGAGUGGCUGGUGAAGAUACUUCUCUUAGUUGGUUAUCUGAUGGGAUUAGUCGUAAUGAUGAUGGCUCUGAUCUCAAAUCUGAAUCUGCAUUUGUAUCGUCAUCACAAGGCUCUCCUUUGAACAAUUGCAACCAGACUCAGCACUCAUGGCAAAAGUCUCCUGCUUCUGAUCAAUCGUUUUCAAGAAAUGCAUCCUUGGACACCGUCUCUGAACAGAUCAUCCAGAAUCAUCCUGUAAAACGUUCUGUUUCAUUGGCUUCUCAACCAUCAUCCUUCUCGGCAUCUCCACUCUCUUCCCAGAGCCACUUGCCAAUGCCACCUGCAAGUUCAUCGGCGCUGAAACUGACACCACGCACUCGUCUAUCAAAACAAGUCUCAGACAGUCAAAUCUUUGGAUUCAACUCACCAAGCAGAAGCUCAGCAACUGAAGAGAGGCCGGGAAGCGAGUUCAAUUCUGGGCCAUCUGAUGCUUGGUCCAUGCAAGCCUUUUCCGAAAUGAUGGCUUAUUCUCGGAGAGAGUCUUGCUCCUACGAUAACGAGUGCUUAGUGCUUGGACGUAACAAGGUAGACCAUCAAGGAAAGCAAACCUGUGGUGCUUGCUCUAGAUCCUUGUCUCAGAAAUCGUUGCUGAGUAGCCAAAAGAUCUUUGCUACCAACGAGCUCUCUGUAGCUGCGAUUCUAGCUUGUGGGCACGUCUAUCAUUCCGAGUGUUUAGAACAGAUGACACCUGAAAACGACAAGUUCGACCCUCAGUGUCCUGUCUGCACAUUGGGUGAGAAAAAGACAUUCAAGCUGUCGGAGAAAGCAUUGAGAGCAGAUUUGGAAUCGAGAGCUAAACACCACAAGAUACUAAGAAAACGCGUUGUGGACAGCGAUGACAUUGUCAUGUUUGAUCACAGGCCCAAUGCAGCAGCAGCAAGCGGGAGUGGACACAAAGGUAAAGUCUCCAAGCUGCUAACGAGCUCAAGCUUAAGAAGUUAUUCACCAAAGCCUUUUCUUGCAAGACAUUUCUCUUUCGGGUCUAGAAGUAACAGUGUCAAAACCCCUAAAGAGAAUCAUUCGGCGACCUCUCUCAAGAAGAAAGGAUUCUUCUGGACCAAAUCGAGCAAACUUUGAAAUUUUGUUCCAGAUUUGUUUUGGUGCUGUUUAUCUCCGUAAGCUUUGGCCCAAGUCAAUGUUACGGAUACUAUAUCAACAAUACACACUUGUUUUGUGUAAUAGAAAUUUCGCACAAAUCUUAAACAAACUCUUUCUUCUUUAACUUUUUUUUUUGUGCAUUCCAAAAUUUUCAAAACUUGUAAGUCGAAUAAAUUAUAAAUAGCGUAAGGUAAAAGAUUAUGGGAAGAAAUAUUUUGAUACAUUUUACUUUAUGCUUUGUAGGCUAUUAAUUUUUAUACAUGCAA